AUGCGGUUGUCUUUAGCAACACGAGAAACACCGUCUACCGGUACAUCGCCGGUGUUUGCUGGUGACGAAGAUCAUAGCAGUGCCAACAAUAGCAGUAGCAACACUUUCAACUAUGACUACUAUAUAAAAGAAGAACUCUCUGGAAAUCUCCUGGAAACAGCCUUUUUUGAAUCUCCGAUUAAUGAUACAAUGCUCUGCUCCAUGUUAUCGUAUCCAAAAAUUGCUGGUACUGAGAAAAUACAAGAACCAGACCAUGAACUGCAGCAACACAGGAAUCCCUUCGGUUGCUGCCAGGAACUCAAAGCUGAAUUGGCCGAACAGCAAGAGCUGUAUCUGCUGCCAAAUAAACUUACCAAGAAUAUUUUUAAUUCAGGGUCUCCUGUGUUCAUAUACACCAAGAUCCCACAAACAAGCUCGGUUCAGUCAUUUGUGGAUGUUAGCAAUUCUUUAUUUGCCACUGACUCCGCCUUGCCUACAAGUUCAUUUCGUGUAGACUCAACAGUCGACAUAUCGUUUGAGCACUCAAUUCAAGAUUCAUACUGUUACCGUUCAAACUCUGCAGAAAUAGCACCUCCAUCCACAGCACUCUCUUCAGGGACUCACGACCUGGUAUCCACCGUGGAAGCAUCCACGACGUUACUGGAGGCAGCCGUCAACUCUAAAAGACGAAUGCUUGAACUUAGACAGCAAAACAGAAUCGAGGAUCUCAGUUUUUCAACAUCAAUAUUCCUUGACCAUUCACGCCUACCGUUGGUUCGUGGGCGUAGCUUUGGAGGAAAUAGCAGUAGACCUCCCAAGACGCCAUUGAUUCCUGGGACGCGGUACGUUACUGCCCGUUUAAGACUGGAAAACAGCACAAGUGAGGAUAUGUGUUUGCCCCAGUGGAACAAGGCGGAACUCAAAGACUCUAGAAGAAUAAUCCGUAUUGAAAGAAGAUACCAGUCUGAUGAAAUUGUCGCUUCCUUUUCCAUAGUUGGAUCGGCCAUAGAGUACCCAAAGACUAAGCCUGCAUUCGAUCCUGACGUCAAGGUUUUGGAAGUCUCGUGUCUAAAAUGUCCCACCAACGAAAAUGAACCUAACGAGGAGCGAUUUGUCAGUGAAUGUACGUCAGAUGAAGCACGAACACAACAUGCCUUAACAGAACCCCUAACGUCAGGCUUCAACAGAGAACCGAAUGGCCAUAACCCUAAAACGGCUGGGAAUUCAAUUGGAUGCAGGUACUAUAUUACCAGUGUCGAAGUCAUCAAGAUAAUAGAACUACUGAUUGGAAGCUAUUCAACCUCAGACCCCGUGCAAAGGAGAAAAGAGAGAGGCCGUAUACGAUCUAACUUGGUGCAGUUCUGGUCCAAACACCUAGUCUUUUCCUCGAAGAACUCUAUGAAGCGCCGUUCCGUGCCAACAGGCAACGAUGCUUAUCUUACGGAGCUGGAGCAUCGUAUUAACACUUAUGAUGUGAGAAAACCUCGACUAUUUGAUAAGAGUGUCAAGAUUCUGGAAUGGUCUAAACUUGGACCUGCUUUGCGUCGGGCUAUCCAAAGCUAUUACAUGGUACGACUAGACGAAUCCAGCAACUAA